CUCUGACGAGCGCCUCCAUGCAAGGACGCACGCGGGCGCGCCAGCCAUGAGCGGGACGAUGCUGGUGGGCUACAGUAGCAGCAGCAGCAGCUCGGGCUCGUCGUCGGGCAGUGAAGACGGCUCCUCCGCCGCCGCCCAGGAGGCAGCCCCCCAGGCGGGGAGCCCGGCCGCCCUUCCCGCUGCCAGCAUACCUGCUCCCCGCCUUCCUGUACCAGACAGUGUGCUAAAUAUGUUCAGCGACCAGGAAGAGACGGUGUUGGAUGACUGCAGCAAGCACGGAGGCCGCGUGCGGACCUUUGCACAUGAACGAGGCAACUGGGCCACCCACAUCUAUGUGCCUUAUGACGCCCAGGAGGACUUCUUGGAUCUGCUGCAGAUCCUUCAUGCACAUGCCCAAACACAUGUGGCAUCACUGACAGCCGCAGCUGAAUUCCACAUCAGUCUCUCACAAAGCGUAAUCCUCCGGCAUCACUGGAUAAACCCCUUUGUGCAGUCCCUCAAGGAACGCCUCUCCUCCUUUCACAGGUUCAUCUGCAGAGCAGACCAAGUGAAGAUUUACACCAAUGACACUAAAACCAGGACAUUUGUUGGCUUGGAGGUCUCUUCUGGGCAUUCCCAGUUCUUGGAGUUGGUUUCUGAGGUGGACAGAGUUACGGAGGAGUUCAAUCUAGCCCCAUUCUACAAGAAUCCCUCAUUUCACCUCAGUCUCGCAUGGUGUGUUGGAAACUUGUCUGAAAAACUUGAAGGCCAGUGUCUCCAUGAACUGCAGGAGAUUGUGGAUAGGUUUGAGGAUUCUUCCUACUUUCUGCGAAUCCAUGUGGCCGAAGUCCGUUGCAAGUCGGGCAAGAAGGUCUUCUCCUUUCCUCUGCGAUAGGGGCACAUGGGAACAGUGCGCCACUUAUUUGCACUUCAAUAGUCAUUCCCCCUGGACAUGAGGACUAGUCAGAAGUCACCAUUGGCUGCAGCCUCGUGCCAAAGCUGCCUUUCGUUCUAUUCACUGAGCACUGGUUUGUCCUUGUGAGUACUGCAGGUGGUGCUGGUAGGGAUCAGAGACCUGCCUGUUUCUCAGUGAUGCCGCAUUGUCAGCGCCACUGAAAUUGCUACGUGGAACUGGCGGGUUUGAGAAAAGCCAUUCCGUGCUGGGCUGCCGCUGAAAAUGACGCUGCACAAAUGGGGGAAGCCAGAUGACUGGAAUCGUGAACUUCAGGGUUUGGUUUGGGUCCUGUUAGAUCCAGAGUAGGAAGGUCUCCUCCAGUACAAUGAUCUGGACCUCUUUCCUCUUUCUAAAGGCUGACACUGUCGCUAAGAGAAAUUCAACUAACUCCAAAGCACGCAAGCAAACCUGGGUUGCCUAAAUAGCAAUAUAGAUAUGGAUUUUUCCCACUGAAAGACUCAAAAGCAGGAAAAGGGAGUAUUGAUUUUUGAACACAUGGAGUUAUCAUUCUCCCAGAUAACCACAAGAGGGCAGUGUUGGCUUUCUGUCUGCCUGUGCCAGAAACCCAAAUUAGCUACCAUAUGUGUAUAUAUAUCAGCUGUUUACUGUAUGUGACCAAAACAAGUUUUUGCUCUGCACAGCUUCCCUCUAUAAAUUUUUGGAACAGAAUCCUUCACACAUUUCAUGAGGCUUAAUUUCCUGAUUUUGGGGAGGUGCGUGCAGAGCCCUGAUAGAGCCCUAUAUUGUGCAGCCCCAAUGCACAAUAUAGAUUGGUUCAGAGAAGGAACUGUGGGGCUGUUAACUGUACUGAAUCUGUUGCUGCUUGCCAUAAGGAGCAGGAAGACCCCUUUUCCUAUUAAUCCUUGCUUAUACGGCAGAUAUAUGGCUGUGCUGUUUGAGUUUGCAAAAUUUUAAGGCAGUUUUGUUCUUUACUAGCCCUCUGCCUCUUUCUCAGAUUUCUUUUCAUCCAGUGUUGGUUUACUUAACUGUCCUGAGGGGAGAGCAAGAGAUACUUUCUUUGCAGGGCAUGUUUGCUCUGUUCCAAAGUGAUGCUAUGUACGCGUUUUAAUUUGCUUCUUACUGCAGGAUGGAAAGCACCCAUUUUAAACCUGAAAGCAAUCCAGUCACUGUAGAUAUUACAUGGUUUGGGGCAUAACAUUCCCCUAUAAUCGCAAUAUUUCCCAUCCUCCCUUUCAGCUUGUGCAGAGUGAGUAGUGAGAAUUUCCCAUCCCCAUUUCCAUAGGAUCACCCAUGCUCCAAAACCAGCAGUUGAACCAAACAUGCUAACUUUGAUUGGGAUUAACAAACUCUGAUUUGACCAGGUUUGGAGAGCGUGUUUUUAGGAAGGGUCAUAGGGACCACUGCUCAGAUUUCUGUAGGGCUGGAGUAGACUUGGUAACCGUUUGGUACUUUUUCAGAAUCCCGUGGGAAGAGCCCAGCUUUUGUCGUAAUGACUCAUUUGAAGGUGGUUAUGAGGAGAACCUUUAUCACUGCAGGUUGUAGAGUCUGCUAUGCGAGUGGAAUUUGUGUUCCUGAUGGAUCAACCCUGUGACAUCUGGGCCUUGCUGAGGGAGCCACCUAGAAUGACCCACUGUAUGUUGUCGGCCGGGGCACUCUGCACACGGGAAGAUUCCUUGUCUGAAUCUCUCUCUGUCACACACACACACACACACACAUACACACACAUGGGAUUGGCUCUUGUGAGUGCCUGGAAAAUCUCCAGCUGGUUGUCUGCCUUGGAAGCAAUUCUGAAUGUUGCUUCAGCAAGAUGUUUGUACCCAGCUUCAGAGCUGCAAAAGUUAACUGAGGUUUUAGAGAUGCCGUCCGUGUUCUCCAGGGCUUUGAGCAACGUGUCACCUCCUGCUAUACAACACAGGGCAGUGGCUGGGCUCUAGAGGGCAGAAACAGGGAGUGCGGUGAUACUGCCUGCAAAGAGAGCCACGUUGGUUACGUGAGAGACACACGGCAACAGGAAGCGAACCCCUCUAAACAACCAUCAGCCUACCUCUCUUGUACAUUUAAAUUGCAGUAUGUGCAGAAUAAACCAUUGCUGUUUCUGUAA